CGGGCUGCAACGCGGAGGAGUUGAGAGGAAACUUGUUUAGAUGAACUUGGGGUAUUGAGGAGAAAGAUUGGUCACUGGGAAAGGAAUGCAUUCAAUCAGGAACUUUUUCUGUGGCCGCUGGUCAUGUGACGUGCGUCUGGACGGUCAGACCGCCAUCAUCACAGGAGCUAACACUGGAAUCGGCAAAGAGACAGCCAGGGACCUGGCCAAGAGAGGUGCUCGAAUCAUCAUGGCGUGUAGAGACAUGGAGAAGGCGGAGGGUGCCAGGAAAGAGAUCACAGAAGAUUGUGGAAAUGAAAACAUUGUCGUUCACAAACUGGAUCUGUCUGACACCAAGUCUAUCAGAGAGUUCGCUGAGCUGGUUAACAAGGAGGAGAAGCAAGUCAAUAUCCUGAUCAACAACGCUGGCAUCAUGAUGUGUCCCUACUCUAAGACCAAGGACGGCUUUGAGAUGCAGUUUGGAGUCAACCACCUGGGUCACUUCCUGUUGACCUACCUGUUGGUGGACCUGAUCAAGUGCUCGGCGCCAGCCCGCAUCGUUAACGUGUCGUCAGUGGCUCACACCUGGACCAGCAUGAGACUGGAUGACAUCAACAGUGAGAAGAGCUACGACCAGGUCAAGGCCUAUGGACAGAGCAAACUGGCCAAUGUCCUCUGCACACGUUCACUGGCAAAACGACUGCAGGGCACCGGUGUGAGUGUGUUCUCCCUCCACCCGGGUGUGGUCCAGUCAGAACUAUGGAGACACCUGAACAAUCCUGUCCAGGUAGCGGUCAAGGUGUUCCAGCCAUUCACUAAGUCCUCUGUCGAGGGUGCUCAGACCUCCAUAUACUGUGCUGUGGAGCCAGGACUGGAGAAGGAGAGUGGAGGAUACUACAGCGACUGUGCGCCUGCAAGGUGUUCCAGGACAGCUUCGGAUGACGACUUGGCCCAGAAACUGUGGGAGCUGAGCUGCAAGAUGCUGGCCAUCACCUGGGAGUGAACACAAGACACUAGGCUGCAUCUCAAAUGGCCCCCUAGUGCUCAUGUAGUGCACUGAAUACAUUGUGGAUAUAGUGCACGACGUGGCUUUGGCCAACAGUAGUGCACUGUAUAGGCAAAAAUGCUAUUUGAUAUUUGCCCAGAUUUUUUUUACAGUUAUUCUAUUCUCACUAUGUAGAUUGCAAUAUGUUUAAAGCAGUACUACUACAGUUGAAGUUUACAUACCCUUAGGUUGGAGUCAUUAAAACUUGUUUUUCAA